UGCCGAGCGUCAGUGCCAUCCUACCGCAUCCUCGGACCUCGGGACCGUCAAGGAAAAAACGAUCUCUUACAAGAUUGUGUUACUUCUGAAACUGUUAUGUAUCAUUCAGCGAUAUAAAAGAAAAUUGAUCAUUAAUAGGGUUUUUCGCAAGAUUUCCUUUUGUAAUUGCAGUAAUUUUCGCAUUUAGUUUGAAAGCACCCAACUGAAAGUGAACUGAUUUGCGUGUGAAGUGAUUAAAAUCUUUUCUGUGACUCCCGCUGUGACGAAAGCUUUGGCGAUUAAAAUGCGGUGGCGGUGGGGAGACUUAACAAUAAGGAUGCCUUCCAAAACGCUGAUACUGCUCACGAUACUGAGUUUAAGUUCACUGCAACCAUGUCACGGGUCCCGACGAACAGCGCAAAGGAGAAAGGACAUAGCCCCAAAUCUCUUCGUACCGGCACCAAGCGCAGAAUCCCUGACGGCGAUCGCUCAGGCCAUGGGCGCCGCCGGCUUUGAGGACUAUACCGAAGGCAAGCGGACCCUGGUGAAGAGGCUCAUACCUCCGCACCAGCCUGAGAUUGACAUCGUAGAACAUUUAGGUGUGAUCGGCAAGGCGAACGUGGACUUCCCUGCGCUACCUAACAUCCCCACCACAGGCUUCAACUGCAAGGACGUGCCCACCGGAUACUACGCCGACUUGGAGACUGACUGCCAGGUGUUCCACAUCUGCGAUACUUCCCGCAAGAUAUCGUUCCUGUGUCCCAACGGCACCAUCUUCAGCCAGUCGCACCUCAUCUGUGACUGGUGGUUCAAGGUGGACUGCGCCUCCGCGCCCGCGCUCUACGAGUCCAGCGUGGAGUACUACAGCAACGAGCAGAAGAAGGCGCAGAGGAUCAGUAACUUGAGCAAGAAUCCCGACCUUCUACAGAUCGGCAUAGACUCGAAUGUACGCGCAGAAUCAAAAAGAGCACCCGUCACAGUACCCAGCACAACGGAGAGACUUCUGAGACAUCGGCAAAAGCUGCAGAGCGACACUAUACCACCCAACGCACAAGCCACUGCGAGAAGUUAUCAAACUCUAUUCGAUAUCAGCCCUACACAAAGAACAGCGGCAACUACGUUCGAGAAAAGAAGGAAGAAUCUUGUUCAACUCAUCGCAAAUAACUUUGGAAACCCACCAGCAAGAACAACCUUAUCAGUUUACGAUAGCACUACCCCUAAAACCACUAUACCAGCAUACGAUCACAAUAGUUUGAAAGAAAUGCAGGUCGCCGCGGAAACGGCUUCCUUCGCCCAAAACCAAAACAGACAAUACUUGCAGGAAUACAGCAGUAAGAACUACAGACCAUAUCCAGUUUAUACACCUAACUUAACAUCUAGUGCACCCAAAGCAAAAGGUAGUCCUACUUUGACGACUCUAUAUGACAUUCAGGCGAAAAAUGUUCCUCAGUACGUAGAGGAAGCUACUACAAAGCGACAAACAUUAGUUCCAUACACAAAAAGCUACGCUAGCACUAUAAAUGACCGACGCGAACCUUACACGAGACCAGGAGUAUCACUGCUAAGAGAUUUUAUAGAAAAAGAGAAAAACAAAUCAAUUUCAGCUACUACAGUAAAGCUUGAAGUUACCGCUCGUAGUGAUAAAUUCGAAAGCAAAACCAAUUCUGAAAAUAAAGUAGCCGCCGAAACUAAAGAUACAUUUGAAUCUGUCACCAAAAUUCCACAAACAACUAGAGACAUAAAGAUAACGACAUUUAUAAAUGACGAAGUUUAUGCAAAAUCCAACCCAUCCACCCAAGUGACUACAGAGCAGACAUAUCAGGAACGUCGAGAUAGACUACUGAGGAAACUAUCCGCUGACAUUACAGACAUAACUGAACCUACGACGAAAACAACACUCACUGAAAAAUACUAUGGAGAUCAAACUAACAGACCUGGGUUGAUUGUACCACCGUCACUAACUCCUAAAACACUUCAUUCCUUAGCUAUUUAUUACGCUACAGCUUUGGAUAAUUUAUCUACAACUCCUCCGUCAGAUGACGAAACUACUACACCUGCUUUUGACGCUAACGAGCCAAUCGAAAAUAGUUUACCAGCCUUAUUCAGCCGACACACGAUUACAAAGUAUGGCAAACUUUUCGGACGUGAUGCCGAUAAGGCUGAACUAUUAGAAGAAAUUAGACUAAACCCUAAUAGUACAUACAAUGACUUAGCAGAAGAUUUACAAGUAGAGAUGAGCCAAGGUCCUUUAGCAUCGUCUCCUCAAAUUAGAGAACUAGCUCAGGUGUUUACACACGCUCUUUCAGCAUACUUGCAAGAUCCAGUUCAAUUUAGAAAAGUUCUUUCCGACAUAAGACCCACUCAUCCAUCAUUUGCUGAAAUGCUAACUGGUAAUGAUGAAUCUGUAAAUACAGAGCCAACGACAACAGUCAAUGAGGAAGAUGAUGAAAUAUUAGGAUUUUCAGAUGAGCAUAAAGUGCAUGAUCACAAAAUAUCUGAAAAUUCCGUAAGAGGUGGAAAAGCUUUGAAUAUUGCUACGGAUUAUCCAACAACUGUAGAAGAUAUUACGACGACUACAACUACAGAGUUGCCUUCUACAACAUAUUCUACAACUACACGCAGAAGUCCGUUUAGAUGUUGUGGUAGGAUUUCAGCUUCUUAUACCACUGCACCAACAACAAGAGAUUAUUAUUCCAAUGUAAACUUUAACACAGGAGCUGUUAAGGUUAACUUACUAGCUACAAACCAAUAUACGUCAACUACAGAAAACUAUACACCUUCCAAAAACGAAAGACUACAGAAUAACAAAUUUGUCUCACGCUUUGGUAAACCUGUUAGUGCUUUCGACAUCACACCGUCAAAUGAUUACACAGACGUAACUACACUGCCUACUGCAUGGGGUGGGGAAACCUUUGAUUCCACAUUGGCUCCUAUUACUAAUUCCCACCAGAUGUUUGAAAGUAAAAAGAUCAAAUCAACAACUAGUGUAACUGAGCCAACACCAGUGUACUUUACGGAAACUGAUAGUAUAGAUAGUGUUGAAUUAGAAAAUGAAGAGGAACUACAAAGAGCACACAGUCAGUCGUUCGUUUCACCUCAAAGUAAUAAUCUAAGACAAGGAAAACAACUUAAAGAUGAUCAUAAAAUAGUUAAAAAACCUGCCAAAGAUUUAGAAGCUCCAAAUCAAAGUGACAUUGAUACCACAACGACUGUAGUGCAAAGUUCGACGACUCAACCAACCACCACCCUUCGAGACCAAACAGAAGCCUUAACAACGGUCAUCCCUAUAUCAAGCAGUGUUUUCACUUCUCCCGAUACAGAUAAAUCAACAAACGAUUUCCAAUGGCCUACGACUUUCGGAAAUUGGCACAGCACAAUCCUCGACCCUAUAACUUUGAACGACGGCUUAAGUGUGACAGGUCAAGGACAAGGCGUUUCAGAAAUUGCUCAGCAAACUAACAGCUGGGCGCUUGAUACUGCUACAACACCAAUAACUUAUUCGACUACGACCGAACCGAGCGUUGCUUCAACUACAGACAUCGAAGUCACAGCAACAACUAGCCACAACCAAAAUGAACGUUUCGGUAAACUUCUGCGAGAAUCAACGUCUACAGAACCUGCACAAGAUUUGUCAACAGUAACAGACACUAUAGUAGAAAAGGCAAAGGAAAUUAUGGAAGGAAUGAAUGCUACAACUACACAAAAACUAAUGAAUGUGAUGAAGAAAACUAAAUCAAAAAGCGUUAAACGUUUAAUACUGCUUUUGGUACAAACUUGCGAUGAUGAUCACAAUUCAACUGCGGAAGCCUCCAAAAAGGCUUUAUUAGAAGCAUUAAUGGCUGUAUCACCAAAAGACAUGGACGAAAUAGCUAAAGAAGAGGAAUCAACAGAGACACCGGUAACAGUAACUAUACCUGACGUAGAUUAUGUUAAAACAACGUUGUUCCAGCGACGAAUGGAUAGAAUACCAAUGCAAAGUAGACGAGGCAAAAGUUUGAAUGUGGACGUUGAAGCUAUUAACUCUUUGUCGAAUCCUACGACUACUCAACCGACGACAAUAACGACAGAAAAUAUUAAGACUGAAGAAACGACAGAGUAUACAACAGUUACUACAGCAAGGCCAACAACCCUAGCGAGCCGGCGUGGUGGUAGAAAGUUUAUGCCAAAAACAACAGAGGUUGAACAAACCAGUACCACAGUAGCUGAUCGACCUAUUGCUGAAGCGAGACUGCCAGCUCAGGCAGAACUAAAACCUCAAGCAGACACAAGAGCAUUAGAAUUAUUACGAUCUUUGUACACUAUAGCAGCGCGAUGGGGAUAGACAUUAUGCUUUUAAUUAUUUAUUUAUAAUUAGGGUUCGUUUUAAUUUUAACAAUUAUUUUUUUGUUAAAAAGGAUUAAAAAUCUAAAGAUAAACUCGAAAUCAUAAAGACACACCUACCUACUUGAUUAUAACAUACUGGAUUGACAUGAUAAUUAUAAUAUAAGACAUUUUCUUCAAUUUUGAUGAUCUCUCUUUCGUUGAUUUAUAAGUAGAAGAACUACUGGGUUUAUUUGAAUGAAAGUUAUAUCGUUAAUUAAAUUAGUACUUUCCUAUCUUUUAUUAGACAUGAAUUUUCAAAUAGAAAAUGCAUUAAGUAAAUGAAAAUAUUUACCAACAUGCAAGAUAAUAAUUAUCGAAUUACUGAAUUAGGUUAAAAUUGAAUAUUUAUGUAAUUAUUAAUUAUAUAAUAUUACUUAUAUUAUUAAUUAUAGGUGUAAAAUGUUCAAAACAUAGAUUAAUCAGACAUAAAAAUUACGAUAUGUUAAAAUAAUACGACAGUAUAAAACCGAGUUUCUACUAAACUAUAAUUUAAUUUUGAAAAUGCUCAAUUUUAUCAGGAACGAACCCUAUUUAUAAAAUCUAGAACUGUAAAUGUGAUUUUGUAGAUAUCAAACACUAAAAGCCAUUUUUACGUAAAUUUGCGAUUUUUUGUACUUAUCUAGAAAUAAUAUCUAAUUCAAACGAUUUUAAAUUCAAAAAUGUGUUAUACACUAAUUAAUUUAUUGUUUUGUAAUUUGUAAUAAUGACUUGCCCUUAGUAUUUUUAAAUUAGGUUAAAUUAAAAAGGUAUUUAGUAAGCAUUUCAGUUACCUAUGACUCAAUAGGUACUAGCCUAUACUUAGAUUUCGAACACUGCCAAGCGAUAUUUUGUAAUUAUAUUUAAUAGGAAAUUAGUUAAAUAAGUAACUUAAGCUAUUUUACACAAUAAAUAUUGAUAAAACAUU